AUGAUCAAUAAUGCAAGCUCUUUACUAAAUAAAUUAGAUCUAUCGUUAGAUUAUAUCAUAUCCGUACUUUCAAUUGGAAUAGAAAUUUAUUUGCAAUAAAAAUUGGAUACAUUACAAUAUUUUAGUAUAACUUUAUUGGCUUUGGCUGGAUUUGCAAAAUUGGUGGAAAAAAAAAAACUUUUUGGGAUUAAGUAAGGUAUUAAAUUGGAUUAUUAUGGUUUAGAUUAUACGCCUAUUUUCUUUUGGUCGCUUGCAUUAGUGAGGGUAGUGUUCAUAAAAAAUAUCAAAGAAGAUUAGGCAAUUUUUUGGCUCUAUAAUCUGGGUUUUAGUAAUGGAUAGUAUAUGAGUAUUACUCCUACUAAAUUUAUAAAUCACGUAACUUAAUUAGUAAAAGCAUUUGUAUAAUUCGGAUUGCUGGUUGGCCUAUUCAUAUAUUAUUUUGAAGAUUAAUUGGUUUCAAGUAUUCUACUCAUAAUAAUGAUGCUAUUUAUUUAAUAUCAAAAUUAUCGAUAAAAUAUCAAGUUAAUAGAACCGAACAAAGAGGAAUAGUAUUUCUCGAGUAAUGCUAAUUUAAAUGGAUCUCUGAACAAAUUUAUCCCUAAACAAUAAGAGCAACCAAAAUCAAAAGUAAAACUGCAAGAAGAAGGAUCAUUAAGCAGAUAAGAAGCAUCAAUGCAUCUGAUGCCUGAUCAAGUGGACAUCUAAGCGCCUACUCAGAAAACUAUGUGGUAGCAAUUUAUAGAAUAGAGUGAAGAUUACAUUAGUAAAUUCUAUUUCAGCAUGAACGAUUUAGAAAAUAACAUAAAUUAAGCAUCAAAUAAUUAUUCAAUGAACAAACUUCUAUAAGACAACAAAAUCCAAUUAGCCUCACUAUUUAAAUAAAUUAAAGUAAGCAAUGAUUUAAAUGUUAAAUUAUAUGAAUCAAAUAAUUUAGAUAAGAAAUAGGUUAGUUUUUUUGAAUGGAUUGAGGCUAAUGCCAAUUCUUUUAAGUUUUCUGAUUUAAAUUAUCAAAGAGGACUAGAAGAAAACUUAGUUAUUAGUUAACAAAUUAACCAAUAAUCCAUAGAGAUGAUAGGCGCUUUCAUCGACAAAUAAUUAUCUGUCAUAUCAGCUAUUUAGUUAAUUUCAGGGUUUCUUGAAGUAUCAAAUCUAAAAAAUAGAAAAUUUUUAUAUGGAAAAUAUAAUGGAACAACUUAGAAUUACAAUUUUUACAUUUAAAUUAAUUUUUUUGAAGAAGAAGUAGAUGGUGUUUAACGUUAAGUGACUGCGGUUCUCAUUCGGGACUUAGAAAAGUAAGUUCAAUAAAUUAAAACAAAUUUGAAAAACAUGCAAAAAAUCAACUCGACAAUAAAAUUUUUGAAAUAAUAAGCUGAUUUAAUUUAGAGCAUUCAUAAAAAGAUAAAUCUCCAAGAGAAAACGAUUACUGAAAUUUUAAAUUAGAAAUAAAAAAGUACUAAUUUAGUAAAAACGAAUUCCAUUUAUUCAUAAAAAGAUAGUAUUGAUGAUGCAUUAUCAGAAAUUUCUGAGAAAGCUUAGAAAAAUUGUUAAAUAACUUAAUUCAUCAAAUAAUUAUAAUUUUAAUUUAUGAAAAUAACGCAGAACAACUUUAACUAUUUUGAAGUUUUCUCUUUAAAUGAGUUCGUUUAGCUAGAAAAGAACAAAGUAGAUAUAACUCAGACUAUUAAUUUGUUAAUUAAUUAGUUUCAUUACGACGAAAUAGUUAUUGGAUAGAAAAUUAGUAUCACUAUGCGGGAUUAAUUAAAAAAUAGAUGCAUAAUAACAGAUAUAAGACGAUUGAAACAAUUAUUAUUUAAUAUUAUCUACAAUUCAAUUAAAUCAUACGAAGACGAUCUUGAAAAUUCAAAGAUAAAAAAGCGAGUUAAAAUUGUACUUAAGAAUUACGAUGAGUAAAAUAUUCGUUUUGAGAUAAUUGAUUAUGGAUGCGGUUUAACAGAUGAUAAUAUAAAUUCAAAAAGACUUGAUGAUUGUAAAUUAGGCUUAGCUGCAUCCUAGAAACUGAUUAAGAUAUUAGGAGGUAAUAAUAACCAAAUAAAAAUAUAUCGUUCUCAAUCAAAAAAAAAGACAAAAGUUAUUUUUGAAUUACCACAAACAUUAUUCGUUGAUAAGGCAGAAAUUAUGGGAGGCGACUUUGAUUUUGAUACCAUUUAAUUAGUCUUCACUUCUUGA